AUGCCUCCCUACGAAGUUGUCGCUGUCCCCAUUACGAGUCCGAGUACCACUUGCCUGGUUGUUAAAGAAAAACUUCUUGAUGCCCUGAAGGACACAGGCGCGGAUAAGAGCUGCGUGGAACUUGGAACGGCCCUUGAGCUUGGUCUGGACCUUUCCUUCGACAGAGACGCACAAGCGCUAUUCAGUCUCCCCACCGGCAAAGUCAUUUCUUCCGUGGCCACGGUGCGAGCGAAGUGUUCCAGCGGCGGCAUCAACAGUCAGCUCCACUUUACAGGUCGAUUUUUCGUAUUUGAAAGUCUUCACGUGCCGAUGCUUUUGGGGAAUGAUAUUCUCGACGAUGAUGGCGAGAUAAGAUGGGAUAGUCUUGAGAUUCCGUCAGGCUCAUAUAUAGCUGUGACGUUGGAAAUCUAUUCACCACGCGGAGACACCAAAACCCUUACAGCGACCAUGGACACAGGAGCCGAUUGUAUCCUCAUUUCGAUGGCAGAAUUAAUGAAGCUCGGCCACCAGCCGGAUCGGAACAAGGCAGCUACAUUCCUAUUGGCAAGUGGCGAGCCCGUCGAGUCAGUGGGCCAAAUUGCGCUGGAUUUUCGACUGCCUUGUUGGAAAGCCCCCCGAAGCGCAAACUUCGAAGUUUUCGAGAAGCUUGCAGUACCCAUCCUUCUUGGAGUAGAACUUAGCGUCGAAAUGCUGGGGAUGGCUUGCCUUGGUCCUGUUCAGUGUCCGAAUUGUGAAGAUUCUGCACCCCUUGUUACGCAUUUGUCCCGAAAGAGCCACCGUCCUACACGCCACUUCCGAUGCUUUGUCAACAAUAAGAUGGUCAGGGCUAGUGCCGACACAGGCUCAGACUUGAAUCUAAUAUCUCCUUCAGCAGCUUCCAGACUCUCCAGCGCUAGCUCGAUAAGGACAGAGGACCUCAGUAUACGCUUAGCCGACGGAUCGAAGGCCCGGGUUAACGCCUCCUUCCAAGCUUUCUUUUCUCCAUAUUCGGCCCCGAAAGAAUCCCUAACAGUGAGAUUUCAUAUUCUAGAAGGGUUGACUGCUGAUAUCUUCCUUGGAAGGCAACUUAUUGAUGAGAUUGGUGCCUUUAACAGGAAUCGAGCUUCCUUUUCCCAGUCCCUCGAGAAAUCCAUGUUUUACAACCUAAAUGUGGCCACACUACUAUCCAAGCCAUCAGGCAACUCUUGA